AUGCCGGGCAACCGCCCAAGCAAACGGCGUUCGCCACUAACACAGAAACGACGGCCGAAACCGAGACGAAGAGCAUGCGACUCCUGUUCCAAGAAAAAGAUCCAAUGCGAUGGAGAGUUCCCGCAGUGCAACUGGUGCAAGCAUCAUAAUCUCGCCUGUACCUUCAAUCGAAUUUGGGCGAAUUCCGACACAGGCAACCGAGUGAUUGGCGCCACACCCGACACACCUAAGGGGGUGAUCCCCAACAUUGCGGAUGGGCAGCAAGACCUACUUGCCCGCCCGUCAUCCCAGGUCGCUGACUCCACGAGGUCGUCGAGGAUUGGAAAUACGUUCCUUAACAACGUCACCUACCUAAGGGGGCACCAUGUAUUUUCAAACGAAGGCCAGAGGUGGAUUGAAUCUCAGGUUGGGGAAAGCGUCAACUUUGAUAAGUUGUUCUCUCUGGAGCUCCGUUGGCUGAAGCCACUUCGAUCGUAUACGGUCCCUGGGGCGCACCCCCCUGCCGGUCCGCAGCUUCCAAGUAGAGUUAGCGUGGAAAGAUAUGUGCAGAUAUACGGCUCAUCAUCGCAAAGUCUUGUCUUCCCGGUCAUCAGCCAGCCCGUCUUUGGCAAAACACUGGACCUUGCCUACAGUCAUCUCCAGCUUCCUGGUUCUAACAGCGCUAAAUCAUGCGUCUAUGCCUUCCUCUCACUUAUUUCCCUGUUUGGCAUGGAUGACAACAUCCACGGUGCUAUGGACUGCCAGUCUUAUGCAUCAGUGGCACAGAGCUUUCAGAUCCCGGUGAUUGAGGAGAUGACGGUCGACGGGUUGCAGACAUUGAUCAUGCUGGUACAAGUUCAAUACUUUCUGGGAGAUCUUCAGUCAGCAGCGGCGACAUUAUCCAUUGCCACGCGUCUUCUGUACACACUGGAAGCCCAUACCACCCCCACCAAUAAGCCCUCUGCCCCGUAUGAUAAAGGUGAUUUGAGAUGUCACCUACGUGAUCUCUUCUGGCUCUGCUACUCCUUUGAUAAAGACACAUGUCUGAGAACGGGCCAGCCACCUUGUAUCAACGAUGCACAUUGUGACCUUACCAUGCCUCCCGAUUAUGUGCGACUGCAUGAUCUCAAUCUCCAACAGAGUUUGCCACAGGUCGACGAGCAUCUGGUUCCACUUUUCCCAUGGGAUCUUCGUCUGUCGAUGCUCAAAUCAAAAGUAUACGAGGAUCUGUAUACCGCUCACGCCCUCCAGCAGUCCGUUACCGAGUUGCUCUCGAGCAUCCGCGGCCUUGAUGAGGCACUUGAGCAGUGGAGGCUAUCGCUCCCUACCGAAUUCCGACCUACUCUAUACUUCUCUCAGGAGACACCAGUCAGUGCCAAUUUGAACACCAUGGCAGUGAUCCUGCGGCUCGGCUACUACCAUUGUCUGACUGUCAUCCACCAAGCUAGCACCAGAUGCCAGAUUCUAGAGGCUGAUCUUGCAGGACCGAGACUUGAUGGCAUCGCUUCCAGUACAAAACUUACCAUCACCGCGAGUCGGUCGACGUUAUUAUAUCUCCACAAGGUACUACCUGUGGUAAACCCGGAGUGCUUUUGGGUCGUCCUCUUUUAUGCCAUUACAGCAGUCUUGACCCUUUUUUGCAAUAUCAUCUCGAAUCCUCGCGAUCCCGACACAAACCACAACAUGGACUUGCUGCAGAACGUGCCAAGUUUGAUCCGGAGUAUUCCUAUCCGAAAGUUAACUGCCGGCGAAGUCCUUCACCUUCAGUACCUGGAUGUCUUUACCACGGAACUCAGCAGCAUUUGCGUACGUGCCAUAUCCAAGUCACAACAGAACAGGUACAGCAUAAAUUCGCACUAUGGUGACACUGCAUCCAUGUAUACCAUGCAGUAAAGAAGGAAUGCUGCGAGACUCUAGUUCUUUAUUAUCAGGGCGAUUGGAGGAGGCUAUUGGCAAUUACGAAUGUUUAUGUUACCAUGUUAAUGGCUGGUUAUAUGUAAAAGCCGAAUGAAUUUUCGAGACUUCUAAAUAGAACUCAUUCUCUCCAGAG